UUCUCUCUUUUUGCAGACUGGGCUGUACCCCGGUUCCUCCUGUGAUUUUCGUGUGCGCUGGGAUCAGAAGUUGAAGCAAGGGUUGUAGAUCCGAGGUAAAGAAAAAGUUUUUAAAAAGAAAAAACAUAGCAUGGAAUCCUCGCUAGAUCCGGACUCUGGGUUACGACUUCCGCCCCGCGAGAAAAUGUCGGAAUUGUCUCCGCAUUUUUUCGAGGGAACGGAAAAGCUACUUGAAGUUUGGUUUUCUCGUCGCGACGAGAAGCUGGAUGAUGCAGAUUUGCGUAAAAUUCCGAGGCACGAGCUGGAGGUCUUGAUGAAUCUGGUCAAGUGUGAGAUCAUUAGUUUCACGCAGAACGAUUCUCUGGACUCAUACGUGCUGAGUGAAAGCAGCAUGUUUAUUUCGAAGAGGCGUUUCAUUUUGAAAACUUGUGGAACGACGGUGCUGCUCGGAUGCUUGAAGAAACUGACGCAAUAUGCAUUCAAUUACGGCGGAUUCGAUGAAGUCGAGGAUAUAUUUUAUUCGAGGAAGAAUUUUAUGCGACCGGAGCUUCAGCCGGAUCCACACAGCAACUUUUCGUCGGAAGUGCAAAAGCUGGACGAAGUUUUCGAAGAUGGCGCUGCGUAUUGCUUGGGCCAGAUGAACGGAGACUGUUGGUAUCUCUACACUUUGAAUCGUCCCGGAAACAUGGCCGACUCUGACGACGAUGGCUACGUUUCCGCCGGCGAUUCCCCUUGGAUGCUCAAACAACUUCCGUCUCCGUGCACCGAAAUCCAGCGAGUGAACCAGGCGGACCAGACGCUGGAAAAGUCCGGAAUUUCCACGUUGAUUCCUGAUGUCCAAAUCGAUGACUUCCUUUUCGAUCCGUGUGGAUAUUCCAUGAACGGCAUAAUGAAAAAGAAGUCCGGAAUUUCCACGUUGAUUCCUGAUGUCCAAAUCGAUGACUUCCUUUUCGAUCCGUGUGGAUAUUCCAUGAACGGCAUAAUGAAAAAGGGGUCUUACAUGACGAUUCACGUGACGCCGGAGCCGGAUUUUUCUUACGUCAGCUUUGAGAGCAACAUUCCCAUGGCUUCGUAUAAGGAAGUGCUUGGAAAAAUUUUGGACAUCUUCAAGCCUGGGAAGUUCAUCAUGACUGUUUUUGCGAAUCAAGGAUCUGUUGCGAUGUCAAGCCAAAUAAAGAAAUUGAAUUCACGAGGAUCUGUUGCGAUGUCAAGCCACAAGGAACUGGAUGGUGCUGUACGUAUUGGAAAAUUCAUGCGAAAAGAUUUGCAGAGCUGCCAAUUUCGCAAGUAUCACCUCACUUACGCGCAUUACGUUAAAUUUCCUUCUUGAGAAUUCCUGUUCGCCCACUGGCGUGAAACUAAGCUGACAACGCCAGUGGGCCACACUCACGAUUCCGACAAUAAUUUCCGCGAUAGUUAUAGAGUAGCAAUAUCAUUAUUUGUUAGUCUUUGUGUAGAAGGGACCUGUCUUCGCGUUUCCGCAACUUUCCUGUUCAGAUGACAUUUGCUAAAUUUUCGAAACUUGGUUCCAAAAAUUUGUUUUUCUUGUUUGAAUUAUCCGAAUCUCAAUUUGUGAUAGUGUUAAAUUUUGCGAAUCUAGAAAUUUCAGCUGCCUUAGUUUCCAUCUUUUUUGCGCUAAGAGAUUUUAUUCUAUUGGUGCGGUGCUUACAAAAGGGUGUGAAUUGAAUGAAGCUUUGCCUUUUGGUUUUUUUGAGCAGUGCCAUGAUCGUGAAUACUGAAUACGCGGUGAUAUUGCCCACCCGCCUGCACAUGUAUAGUUGCGAUUAUUCCUUGGGAAACGGGGGGAGACACUUUUGAAGGGUUGGUUCUUUCCAAAUGUUCUUUGUUUGUAUCGCUUUCGUUUUACAAAAACGGCGAUGGUUGUCGGAUGCGAAUAAAUUUGAAAUCCUGAUGA